GAGAGAGGGGUGUACGUGAGUUUCCGCGUAGAGAGAUGAGACUUGAUGAGGGAGGGGACUGUUUAGAGAAAGAAAAGAGAGAUGGGAAAGAAAAGUUGUUUAAUUUGGUAUCGUUUUCCUGAAAUCUGAACAAACAAUAAAAAGGCUCCCUUUGACACACAACAAAAAAGCUUAAGCAAAGAAGAAAUCGUUCUCAGCCCCUUUGACGAUCUAUUCACACCUUCCAUUCACACCUUCAUAUAAAUCUCCUCUCUCUACCCAUCUUUUCUUUCUUUCCAUUCCAUUCAUCUAUCUAUCUAGAUAUAUAUCUUAAUUCCUUCCGCUGCAAAUAAAGAUAUAUAUAUAUAUAUCUAUAUGGAGGGGCAUCAUCAACAUCAUCAUCUUCAUCCUAUGAGUGGUACUGUUAAUUUUCAAGAUACAGCGGGUGACAGGUUUCCUCAAUGGAGUAUUCAAGAAACAAAGGACUUCUUGAUGAGUCGGGCCGAGCUCGAUCAAGCUUUCAUGGAGACCAAACGAAACAAGCUUCUGUGGGAAGUGAUUGCAACAAAGAUGAAGGAAAACGGUUAUAAUCGCAGCGCAGAACAGUGCAAGUGCAAGUGGAAGAACCUCGUCACGCGAUAUAAGGGAUGUGAAACAAUGGAGCAAGAAGGUAUGCGCCAACAGUUUCCAUUUUACAAUGACCUGCAAACCAUAUUUACUGCAAGGAUGCAGAGAAUGCUAUGGUUGGAAGCUGAAAGCGGAGGCAGCGGAUCGAAGAAGAAGGCGGCUCAGCUGUCAUCCGAGGAUGAGGAUGACAACGAAGACAGCGACGGGGAGAAGAGAAGCAGUACUGCUAAGAAGAGAAGAAAGGGUAAGAGCAGUACUGUGAACCCUGGUAGUAGUAGUGGUACUAGUGGGAAUAUCAAUAGUUUGAGAGAGGUUUUGGAUGAUUUCAUGAAGCAACAGAUGCAAAUGGAGAUGCAAUGGAUGAAAACAUACGAGGCGAGAGAGGAGGAGAGGAGGAUGAAGGAGAUGGAAUGGAGGCAGACGAUGGAGGCCUUGGAAAAUGAGAGAGCAAUGAUGGAUAGGAGGUGGAGAGAGAGGGAAGAGCAAAGGAGGAUGAGAGAAGAAGCUAGAGCUGAAAAAAGGGAUGCUCUUAUAACAGCACUUCUAAACAAGCUUAGAAGAGAAGAGAUGUAGCUAGCUAGCUCUUUCUUUUGUUUUUCUUGUUUUGGAUCGAGAAGAUAGAGAGGAAUGCUUUGAGAGGUUUGUCUUUGAUCUCUCAUGGAAAUUUCUUUAUGUUUUCUUAAUUUUAUUAAUUGUUAAAGUUAUAAAAUUUUCUAGUUAGGUGUUUCUUUUCUGCA